AUGCUUUUUACUCAACUCGACCCUAAACUCGAUCGAGCUCGGUACUCUGUUCCACUCGACUCGAGUCCUUGGUCGAGCUGUUGCUUACUGCUUUUUUACUUUUAUUGCAUUGCAUUUCAUUUUUUAGGUGUAUGCGAACUCGAUCGAGUCGGUCUACAGAGACUUGGUCGAGCUAGACUUACAACGGGUAGAAAGAGGGUUCAGAGGUCACAGAGGGUACAAGAGGAACCUGAGGUGCUUGUUGCUGAUACAAUGGAUGUACCAGAGGGGAAUGGAAACCCUUUGGGCAAUGGACUCGGUCGAGCUAGGCAAACUCGACCGAUUGGUCAAGGAGAUGCUCCAAACCGCCACCAACAGAGACAAGGGAUUGUUCCACCACCAGUGCAGAACCACAACUUUGAGAUCAAGCUGGGAAUGAUCAACCUUGUUCAGAACAAGAUGUUCCAUGGAUUGCCAAGUGAAGACCCCAUUGACCACCUUGAUGAGUUUGAUAGGCUUUGUGAUUUGACAAAGAUCAAUGGUGUCUCUGAAGAUGCCAUCAAGCUGAGACUCUUUCCUAUGUCUCUAGCUGACAAAGCUCACCAAUGGGAGAAGAGCUUGCCCCAUGGCACAAUCACCACUUGGGAUGAAUGCAAGAAGGCCUUUCUUGCUAAGUUUUUCUCCACCGGUCGCACAGCCAAGCUUAGGAGAGAUAUCCAGCUUCAUCCAGCGAAACAAUGA